CCAUGAAACUUUUUUUCCCGACCGGGUCUAUGAACGACCGGGCUCGUCUGUCAGUUCAAAAUCCCAACAAAAAAAAAUCAGCGUGUUUCUUCGUCAACAACGUGGUCACGUGAUAUCACACCCAUUUACGGCCGUUAGUGACAUUUCUCCUCACUCUUUGUUUUGACUUAAUGACACCAUAAAGGCUCGAGGUCGGGGGUUGGAGGCAGUCAGGUUUGAAGUGCGGCAGCUUUGGUGGCGUGUAAAGCUGGUGGCCGUUGUAUGUUCUUCUUCCGACAGCAAGGAGGGUGAUGAGUGUGAACCUGCCAGACUUGGCACCGAAGACUGGGGAGAAAGGUAAUGCUGUAAUGUGCAAUGGAAAGGCAUCUACAACGUGCCCUCUGCCUGCAGUCUUUACAGGGCCGACCAAGUCCCAUGCACACAAAACCUUAGAUGACAAACUGGUUCCAUAUCGAAAGAGUGGAGAUUACAGACUGAAGUUGCCUCCGAUCAACGAGAACCCAAAGACUUACGAACUGUCAACAAACCUCACCAUUAAAGAUCUCAAGCGACAAAAUGGUAACCUCCAGCUGCAGUUGGUAGUAUUCAAGACGCAGUCCAAAGUGAUGAAGAAUGUCCUACAUCGCCACACGGUGGCAGUCCAGGAAUACCAACGAUUAGAAGGCAGUCUAUCUCAGAUACAAGAUCAGCACAUCAAUGAGGUCAAGGCCAUGAGGAAGUUGCUUGGCAAGACGCGCAGCAGCUGUGACACGCUGGCGAAAAAGCUGCAGGAGUCAGAGAAGGAGUUGUUGGACUCAAAAGACAAGAUCCUGCAGCUUGAAUCGCACAUCUUCAAUAAUCCCACCAUGCUGGAAAAGGAAGAGCUCAGCCGCAGGUUGGAUGAGGCUACCGUAAAUCUGAAGGAGAAAAACAAGCGGAUAUGGGAGUUAGAGAAGAAUAACAAAUUGCUUCAAAGCACACUCCAUCGCCACAUAGCAGGAGAGCAAAGAAAGCUGUCCAAGACCAACGACGUGUUCUUCUCUCUGCAAGCACGGGUUUAUGAGUUAACCAGAGAAAUUAGAGAACGAAAGAAAGAAUUGGAAGACCACAACAUACCCACUCUGCGAUUCGAACAUUCGGCAAACAAAAAAGAAAUGUUUAACAAGAUGGUCCAGACUGAGGAAACAAUCCCUAUAACGAAUGGGAACGCGUAUUCAUUCAGGUCAGGCUCUGCCGAGCCUGACGAUGGGAUCCAGCAAUGGCUGAGAUCAACCAGCACAGAUCAUGUACCAGGGGGGUCUUUAGCAGUUAGAUACCUGAAGACGAAGCGGAAUGUGGAGGUUCCAAAGAAGUGUACAGACUUUCAGGAAAUCCCCACUCACCAAAUGGCAGGAGACCAUAUUGAGAGCAAGGAGGUAACGAAUGCUUCACAGGAGUCAAUGGAAGAGGAGCUUGAUGAGGAUUGGAUACGCAAACAAAAAUGCCCAGGCUCUUGCAGAUUUGCUCAGACAAUCGUCAAAACGCCCCCUCAACAAAAAGGACACAAACGCACCCAAUUUCGCCGUAAGUACGUGUUCAGUCCAGUAACUACAAAUCUGCACUUGGGAAAACCAGCUUACAGUGGAUUGGACCGGAAGUCACGUGAGAGUCUGACUCGUAGACAAGCACCAACAUGGAAAUCAGAGGAAGAAGAUACUCCCCAACAUGAUUUCCAAAAUUCCCAACCUGAUCUGGAUCCUUCUGACUCAAGUCUUGUUGACAGUUUUGAAUCUUCUCAACAAAAAGGACACAAACGCACCCAAUUUCGCAGUAAAUACGUGUUCAGUCCAGUGACUACAAAUCUGCACUUGGGAAAACCAGCUUACAGUGGAUUGGACCGGAAGUCACGUGAGAGUCUGACUCGUAGACAAGCACCAACAUGGAAAUCAGAGGAAGAAGAUACUCCCCCACAUGACUACCAGAAUUCCCAACCUGAUCUGGAUCCUUCUGACUCAAGUGUUGUUGACAGUUUUGAAUCUCCCCGUGGGACAUAUUCAUGGAGAUGAUAUUUCUAUUUUUGACCAGUGCUGCCAACUCAUCAGCAAGGAAAGUAACUAUUGGCUCUCCUGGUAUUAGCAGUGGUUGUUACCAUAAUGUACUAUACUUUUUGUGUGUGUUUGUGUUUGGAUUUGUUAAAAUCCAUAUAAUUUUGACACUGAUGUCAUGUUUUUCUUAUUAUGUUGGCAUGCCAACUAAACACGUUGUUGUUGGUUUAGUGGGACAGCACACAAGUCUCACUUUGCCCAAAAUGUUUUUGUAUCAAUGUGAUUCAAAAGUAAAAUAAAACUUAAAAACCUCA